GGAAGGAGAGGCGGUGGCUCUCGGCGCCCGCGCGCUGCGCUCCGGUGGCUGCACCGGGGCUCCCCACGCGCCGGUAAUAUGCAUGUGUCACUAGCAGAGGCCCUGGAGGUUCGGGGCGGACCACUGCAGGAGGAGGAGAUCUGGGCUGUACUAAACCAAAGCGCUGAAAGUCUGCAAGAAUUAUUCAGAAGAGUGAGCAUUGCUGACCCUGCUGCCCUUGGCUUCAUCAUCUCUCCGUGGUCGCUGCUAUUGCUGCCAUCCGGCAGUGUGUCCUUUACAGAUGAAAACAUCUCCAAUCAGGACCUGCGAGCAUUCACGGCACCAGAAGUUCUUCAAAACCAUUCACUGACCUCCCUCUCAGAUGUUGAGAAGAUCCAUAUUUAUUCUCUUGGAAUGACGUUGUACUGGGGAGCUGACCACGAAGUACCUCAAAGCCAACCCAUCAAGCUGGGCGAUCAUCUCAACAGCAUUCUCCUGGGCAUGUGUGAGGAUGGCAUCUAUGCCCGGCUGUCGGUUCGAACUGUCCUGGAUGCCUGCAGUGCCCACAUUAGGAACAGCAACUGUGCGCCUUCAUUUUCCUACGUGAAACAGUUGGUCAAGCUGGUUCUGGGAAAUAUCCCUGGGACGGAUCAGCUUUCCAGCAGCAGUGAACAGAAGUCUGAUCGAAGCCAGGCUAUUCGAGACCGACUGAGAGGAAAAGGAUUACCCACAGGGAGAAGCUCCACUUCCGAUGUACUAGACAUACACAAGGCUCCAUUCUCUCAUCAGACUUUUCUUAACAGAGGGCUUAGUAAAUCUAUGGGAUUUCUGUCCGUCAGAGACACACAAGACGAGGAAGAGUGUUUCAAGGAUAUCCCAUCUGAGAAUGAUUCCAGGCAUGAAGAUCCAGAGACUCUCUCUCCGCCUUACCUGUUCAAGACCAGUAGUCCACAGAAAAAGGUUACCCCCGGAACUGAUGUGCUUUCUAAGAAGAAGACCUGGGCUUCGUCCAUGGACUUGCUUUGCACGGCUGACAGAGACGUUUCUGGGGAGACUGGCAGGUACUGUGACCCCGAGUCAGUGACAGGACGGACUUCAAGCACUCCUAGAAGGAAAGAAGGACGCUACUCCGGCGGCAGCAUUGCCUUGGAUAUCUUUGGCCCUCAGACAGUGGAGCCAGUGAGGCACACCCGAGAACCGCUGGUCUCCUCCGCCGUGUCAAGUGCUUUGGACCGAAUUCGGGAGAGACAGAAGAAACUUCAGGUGCUGAGAGAAGCCAUGAAUGUAGAAGAACCAGUCCGAAGAUACAAAACUUACCACAGUGAUAUAUUUAGCACCUCCAGUGAAAGCCCCUCUCUUGUUUCCUCGGAGUCAGAUUUCAGACAAGUGAGAAGAAGUGAAGCCACCAAGAGGUUUGAAUCCAGCAGUUGUCUUCCCGGAGUAGAUGAAACCGGUCAGGGCCAGUCACGACCAAGACAGUAUGACACAUCCCUUGAAGGCAACUUAAUUAAUCAAGAGAUGAUGCUAAAGCGACAAGAAGAAGAGAUGAUGCAGCUGCAAGCCAGGAUGGCUCUGCGACAGUCUCGGUUGAGUCUGUACCCAGGGGACACAAUCAAAGCGUCCAUGCUAGACAUCUCCAGAGAUCCACUAAGAGAAAUUGCCCUGGAGACAGCCAUGACCCAGAGAAAACUAAGGAACUUCUUUGGCCCCGAGUUUGUGAAGAUGACAAUUGAACCGUUUGUAUCUUUGGAUUUGCCACGGUCCAUCCUUACCAAGAAGGGGAAGAACGAGGACCACCGGAGGAAAGUGAACGUGAUGCUCCUGAACGGGCAGAGACUCGAGCUCACCUGUGACACCAAGACCGUGUGCAGGGAUGUCUUUGACAUGGUCGUGGCCCACAUUGGCUUGGUGGAGCAUCACUUGUUUGCUCUCGCUGCCCUCAGAGAGAAUGAAUAUUUCUUUGUUGAUCCUGACUUAAAAUUAACCAAAGUGGCCCCAGAGGGAUGGAAAGAAGAACCAAAGAAAAAGGGCAAAGCCGCUGUUGAUUUUACUUUGUUUUUCCGAAUUAAAUUUUUCAUGGAUGAUGUUAGUCUAAUACAACACAACCUAACCUGCCAUCAGUAUUACCUGCAGCUGCGAAAAGAUAUCCUGGAGGAGAGGGUGCAUUGUGAUGACGACGCCUCCCUGCUCCUCGCAUCCUUGGCCCUCCAGGCAGAGUACGGAGAUUACCAGCCAGAGGUUCACGGGGUGUCCUACUUUCGUCUGGAGCAUUAUCUGCCUGCCAGAGUGAUGGAGAAGCUUGACCUAUCCUACAUUAAGGAGGAGUUACCAAAAUUGCAUAACACCUACGCGGGGGCUUCUGAGAAGGAGACGGAGCUCGAGUUCUUAAAGGUCUGCCAGAGGCUGACGGAAUAUGGAGUUCACUUUCACCGGGUGCACCCCGAAAAGAAGUCCCAGACCGGCAUCCUGCUGGGGGUCUGCUCCAAAGGGGUGCUUGUGUUCGAGGUUCACAAUGGAGUCCGUGCCUUGGUCCUUCGCUUUCCGUGGAGGGAAACGAAAAAGAUUUCCUUUUCAAAAAAGAAAAUCACGUUACAGAACACAUCAGAUGGAAUCAAACAUGCAUUCCAGACAGACAGCAGCAAGGUGUGCCAGUACCUGCUUCAGCUCUGCUCUUCCCAGCACAAGUUCCAGCUGCAGAUGAGGGCACGGCAGAGCAACCAAGACGCCCAAGACAUCGAGAGAGCUUCGUUUAGGAGCCUGAACCUGCAAGCAGAGUCUGUUAGAGGAUUUAAUAUGGGCCGCGCAAUCAGCACUGGCAGUCUGGCCAGCAGCACCCUCAACAAGCUUGCCGUCCGACCCCUGUCAGUUCAAGCUGAGAUCCUGAAGAGGCUAUCCACCUCAGAGCUGUCGCUUCACCAGCCAUUGCAGAGCAGUUCAAAAGAGAAGAGAGACAGAGCUCCAUGGGAGGAAAAGCCUAGAGGGAUGAGUAAAUCCUAUCACGACCUCAGUCAGGCUUCUCUCUAUCCUCACCGGAAACAGGUCAUUAACACCGAGUCCUUACCGCCAGCCUUUGUGGAGCUGGUGGCAAAACCGUUGUCCCCGAUGGCGAGAUCUGACACAGAGUCACUGGCAGGACUCACAGAGCUCAAUAAUUCAAAGUCUGUUGCCAGUUUAAAUAGAAGCCCCGAAAGGAGGAAACAUGAAUCAGACUCAUCCAUUGAAGACCCUGGUCAAGCAUACGUUGUAGGAAUGGGUUUGCCUAGUUCUGGAAAAUCUUCAUCCCAAGUUCCCUUUAAAGACAAUGAUACACUACACAAAAGAUGGAGCGUUGUGUCUUCACCAGAAAGAGAGAUCACGUUGGUGAACCUGAAGAAAGAUCCAAAGCAUGGCCUAGGAUUUCAAGUUAUUGGUGGGGAAAAGAUGGGCAGGCUGGACCUCGGUGUGUUUAUCAGUUCGGUCACCCCUGGAGGACCAGCUGACUUGGAUGGAUGCCUAAAGCCUGGAGACCGCCUGAUUUCUGUGAACAGUGUGAGUCUGGAAGGUGUCAGUCACCACGCCGCCGUUGACAUUCUGCAGAACGCGCCCGAAGAUGUGACGCUAGUCAUCUCCCAGCCCAGAGAAAGGCCAUCCAAAGUGCCUUCUACUCCUGUGCAUUUUGCCAAUGGAAUGAAAAACUACCUGAAGAAGCCAUCCUCCAUGCAGGACAGUGCUGUGGACCCUGCGGAGGACCAGCCCUGGCGGCGUGGCACCCUGAGGCACAUCACAGAGAGUCCCUUUGGGCUCUCUGGGGCCCUGCGGGAGGGAAGCCUCAGUUCCCAGGAUUCCAGGACCGAGAGUGCCAGCUUGUCCCAGAGCCAGGUCAAUGGCUUCUUUGCCAGCCACUUAGGUGACCGAGGCUGGCAGGAGCAGCAGCAUGGCAGCCCAUCUCCAUCUGUAGCGUCCAAGGUCACCGAGAAGACCCCCUCCGACGGUAACCGAAGCAGAGCUAACCGGCCAGGUGUCUCUGAUGCAGCCGAGCACUCUGACCGAGCUGAUUCCGAUACAGAUGCCCCCACCUGUACGAGCAGUCAGGACCAUCAAACACCAGAAAAGGAAUCUUUCUCCUCGGUGAAUAUAUCCAACAAAAUGAGCUUUAAAACUUCGGCAUCACCUCCUAAGCCCGGAGAAAUCUUUGAGGUUGAACUGGCUAAAAAUGAGAACAGCCUGGGAAUAAGUGUCACGGGCGGUGUGAAUACCAGCGUCCGACAUGGUGGCAUUUAUGUGAAAGCCAUUAUUCCCAAAGGAGCGGCAGAGUCAGAUGGCAGGAUUCACAGAGGUGACCGUGUGCUCGCUGUCAAUGGAGUAAGUCUGGAGGGAGCUACCCACAAGCACGCUGUGGAAAUAUUAAGAAACACAGGACAGGUGGUUCAUCUGCUGUUAGAAAAAGGUCAGUCAGCAGCACCCAGAGAACACGACCCUGCAAGCCCACUGAGCGCCCCCACAGACCACGAGGCCCAAGGCCCGGCUCCAGAAAAGACGGUGAAGAGAACAGCUUAUGUCAAAGACUACAGCUUUGUCACUGAAGAUAACACAUUUGAGGUCAAACUGUUUAAAAAUAGCUCCGGCCUAGGAUUCAGUUUUUCUAGAGAAGAUAAUCUUAUACCGGAACAGAUAAAUGCCAGCAUAGUAAGGGUUAAGAAGCUCUUCCCUGGACAGCCAGCAGCAGAAAGUGGGAAGAUUGAUGUUGGCGAUGUUAUACUGAAAGUCAAUGGGGCCUCACUGAAGGGACUGUCUCAGCAGGAAGUCAUAUCUGCUCUCAGGGGAACAGCUCCAGAAGUGUACCUGCUCCUCUGCAGACCCCCACCUGGCGUGCUACCCGAAAUCAAUACUGCGCUUUUGACCCCGCUGCACUCUCCAGCACAAGCAUUUCCAAGCAGCAGCAAAGAGCCUCCUCAGCCGUCAUCCUUCUCAGUGGAGCAGGGUACCAGCUCAGACGAGAACGAGGUGUCUGGCAAAAGCAAGACACAGGGCAGGUCUCCAUCCCGGAGGGAGAGUUACAGCGACAGCAGCGUGAGUGGAGAGGACGACCCAGUGAAAGCUCCAGCACAGAAACCCAGUGUGACGCAGACGCCGAGCAGCAUGGCAUCCCAGGCACACAACCACCAUGAAGCACCCAGAAGCCGGGAAGAAUCCCCAUGUACCAUGUUUUACCUGCCUCGGAAGGCAGCCAGCGCAGCGGAAUUGGGGAGCAGCCGCCCUCCUCCUCCACCGGAUGCCAGUCCUGGGCAGAUGUGCCAGCCCCAGUCAGAACCUGCUCCCUGCGACUCCCUGGGUAAAUACUAUAGGCAUCUUGCUUCAGCGCUGAACAAGCAAGAAGACUUGACAGCUCUGAAAAAUGACUUGGGAAACCACAUUGAGGACUCUGAGCCGGAAGUAGAGCUUCUCAUUACCCUGAUUAAAUCAGAAAAAGGAAGCCUGGGUUUUACGGUGACGAAAGGCAGCCAGAGCAUUGGCUGUUACGUCCAUGAUGUCAUACAGGACCCAGCCAAAGGUGAUGGGAGGCUGAAGCCUGGAGAUCGGCUUAUAAAGGUUAAUGGUACGGAUGUUACAGACAUGACGCACACUGAUGCCGUGAAUCUGCUGCGAGCUGCACCCAAGACAGUCAGAUUAGUUCUCGGGCGGAUUCUAGAGGUGCCCAGGAUGCCCGUGUUCCCCCACUUGCUGCCUGACAUCACAGUAACGUGCCAUGGAGAAGACUUAGGGUUUUCUCUGUCUGGAGGGCAGGGCAGUGCGCACGGAGUGGUGUACAUUAGCGACAUUAACCCCAGGUCAGCUGCAGCUGUAGACGGUAAUCUCCAGCUCUUAGACAUCAUCCACUACGUGAACGGGCUCAGCACACAGGGGAUGACCUUGGAAGAAGCCAACAGAGCGCUGGACCUGUCACUUCCUUCCGUGGUGCUGAAAGCAACAAGAGACGGCUGCCCCGUGGUGCCUAGUUCAACGAGGUCCGCCCUUUCAGCACCCAAGUCCACCAAAGCCAACGGCCAUUCCGGUAUGGAGCCCUGUGGACAGCCCGCACUCACGCCUAAGAAUUCAUUCUCCAAGGUUAAUGGGGAAGAAGUCACUGAGGCUGUGCACCCAGGAGGAAAACGCCCUUCUGCUCAGAUGUCGGGGUCAACGGACUUGACCGAAGCCAAAGACUCUGACUCGCAGGGUGAUGACAGCUACGAUGAUCGCCAGGAAGCAGAAGUUGUCCAGUCCCUCCUGGAUGUGGUGGAUGAGGAGGCCCGGAACCUCUUGGACCAGACUCAUGCCACCAGACGGGCCUGCUCUCCAGACCCACUGAGGACAAACGGGGAAGAAGGGGCAGAGGAUACCGAUUGUGACGGUUCUCCGUUACCUGAGGACGUCCCUGAGUUAAUGAAUGGUUGUGAAGAAACAAACAGUGAAAGGCGCAGCUUGACGCAGGCAGCACAGGAAGAAAUAUCUGUGGAAGAUGAAGUCACAGGGGGAAGCAGUGAAUUGCCAGUAGAGACAACAAACCACAAGGAUUCUGACAAAGAUCACCUCUUUUUGACGGACGAGGAGCUGGCGGCCCUGCCAGUGGUCAGAGUCCCUCCCUCCGGCAAGUACACCGGUGCUCAGUUGCAGGCCGCCAUCCGCACGCUUCAGGGCUUGCUUGACCAAGGGAUCCCGUCUAAGGAGCUGGAGAACCUUCAAGAAUUAAAACCUUUGGACCAGUGUCUGAUUGGACAGACUAAGGAAAACCGAAGGAAGAACAGAUACAAAAACAUCCUUCCCUACGAUACCACAAGAGUGCCCCUUGGGGAUGACGGCGGAUACAUCAAUGCCAGUUUCAUCAGGAUCCCAGUGGGCACGCAGGAAUUCGUCUACAUUGCCUGCCAGGGGCCUUUGCCCACCACGGUCGGGGAUUUCUGGCAGAUGGUUUGGGAGCAGCACGCCACAGUGAUUGCCAUGAUGACUCAGGAGGUGGAAGGAGAAAAGGUCAAAUGCCAACGCUACUGGCCCAGCAUCCUCGGCACAACAACCAUGGCCAACGAGAGACUGCGCCUGGCCCUCCUGAGAAUGCAGCAGCUGAAGGGCUUCAUUGUGAGGCUGAUGGCCCUGGAGGACAUUCAGACAGGAGAGGUGCGGCACAUUUCCCAUCUGAACUUCACCGCCUGGCCAGACCACGACACGCCUUCCCGGCCAGACGACCUGCUCACUUUCAUCUCGUACAUGAGACACAUCCAUCGGUCAGGCCCGGUCGUCACGCACUGUAGCGCUGGCAUUGGACGUUCAGGAACCCUCAUAUGCAUAGACGUGGUCCUAGGAUUAAUCAGCCAAGACCUUGAAUUCGACAUCUCCGACCUAGUACGCUGCAUGAGACUGCAACGGCACGGCAUGGUGCAGACGGAGGGUCAGUAUGUCUUCUGCUAUCAGGUUGUCCUCUACGUCCUGACUCAUCUUCAGGCCGAAGAACAGAAGGCACGGCCGGGGCUCCCACAGUGAGGCAGAGCAGGCCUUUCCCUGCCACUCGCUUCCUGCUCUGCCUCCCGCUGACCCCUGCUCUCCCCUCACACGAGAGCAGCAAGGCUGCAGUACCGCGCUGUCCCGAGUCCUUCCAGAACGGGUGUUCCUGUAAGACAUUGUGUCAAGACGCUGUGUUUUACAGUCACUUUAACCUCUGAUGGCUGUCAAAAUCCUUCAUCACUAACUGAAUGAGGCAGAUCUUAGGGCUGAUCAGAGUGGACAUUGUUACAGACACACUGAGUCUAUUUUUAAUGUACCAAAUCUUGUUUAUAGCAAAAAUUUUCCAGUAUUUUAAUAAAGUAGAUUUAUUUUCUAGGGGAUACUUGAAGCCAGUAUUUAAGCUUUUAAUGACAGUAAUAUUGGCAUAGAAAAAAACUAGCAAUGUUUACUGUAUUCGUUUCUAAUGUUUACUAUAUACAAUUUCCUGUAAUAUAUUUAUAUACUUUUCAUGAACACGGAGUUAUCAUAUACCCGUUUGUACUGAAUCAUUUGUUUUUAAUGCAUUAUCUCACUUUGUAAAUAAACCACACC